CCAGCACCCACAACCCACAGAGAUUGGACAGCGCGGUGCCACAUGGCAGACAGGGACCGGGAUAAAAAAAUGAGCUGGACUUGGGGAUCGUAGAGUGCGCGGCAGAGCAGGUGGGAGAAGUUCACGGAGCGGCGGCACCGACAUUCCCGGGCUGCGCUGAGCCGGCGCGGGGAGCACGGACAGACGGACACGCCGGGGCUGCAGCACCCAGGSACACCUGCGGGGUGAGCGCCAGCUGCCAGCAUCCCGUCCCCUGUGCCAGCCAUGUCCCUGGUGGUGAAGGAGAAGAACCACGUCCGGCUGGUGUUCCUGGGAGCCGCCGGCGUGGGCAAGACCGCCCUGAUCCGCCGCUUCCUGCUGGACACCUUCGAGCCCAAGCACCGGCGCACGGUGGAGGAGCUGCACAGCAGAGAGUACGAGGUGUGCGGGGCCACGGUCAAGGUGGAGAUCCUGGACACCAGCGGCAGCUACUCCUUCCCGGCCAUGAGGAAACUCUCGAUCCAGAACAGCGACGCCUUCGCCCUGGUCUACGCCGUGGAUGACGCCGAGUCCUUCGAGAGCGUCAAGAGCCUGCGGGAGGAGAUCCUGGAGGUGAAGGAGGACAAGUUCCCUCCCAUCGUGGUGGUGGGCAACAAGGCGGAGAGCGGCGGCGAGCGGCAGGUGCCCGCGGAGGACGCGCUGUCGCUGGUGGAGCUGGACUGGAACAGCCGCUUCCUGGAGACGUCGGCCAAGGACAACGAGAACGUGCUGGAGGUGUUCAGGGAGCUGCUGCAGCAGGCAAACCUGCCCAGCAGGCUCAGCCCCGCGCUCUGCAAGAGGAGGGAGACGCUGCCCAAGGAGCAGGCGCUCCGGCCGCCCAUGAACAAGACCAACAGCUGCUCCGUGUGCUGAGCCGGCCGGGCUGCGCGCCGGGGCACGGGGAAUGCGCUGGCACCGGCUGCAAACUCAGGUGGGCUGGGUGGGGAGAGGCGCUGCCUCGGCCAAAACUUCCUCCCACCCCCUCCCUCCCCUUCCCCACCCAGCCCACGGGAGCGGAGAGGGGUGGAGGGGCAAGGAGGAGGGAGYUGGAAGGGCUCCCAGC